GCUCCAUUAUAGUCCCAUUUCCCUCAAAUUAACCACUGUUUUCUGCUAUGAUUGCUGCGAGAUAAGCUUCGGGGAUCAGAUCUGGUGCGCCACCGACUGCUCCUCUGCGGGAUCUCUUCUUUGCGUUAAUUGAUCUACUCUGUGCGAUCGUCCAUGGCGAUCUCGAGCCCCGUAACUCCGGGGCAGGUUUCCUGUUUGCUUGGAUUUAUCCCACUUUUUUUAGCUUGGAUGUAUUCAGAAUGGCUGGAGUACAGAAAGAGUUCAGCAUCUCCUAAACUUGGAAGAAGCUCAGACGUCAAUUUGGAUGUAAUGGACAAAGAACAAAACAAAGAAGAUGAUCGAGCUGUCUUAUUAGAGGGUGGCCUUCAAUUAGCAUCCCCCAAAGUAUCCCAUGUUUCUGCUACAUCACAUCUCUUAAGGUUCUUUUUGAUGGACGAAGCAUUCUUACUAGAGAAUCGGUUGACGUUGAGGGCCAUAUCUGAAUUUGGUGCUUAUUUGAUCUACUUUUAUAUAUGUGAUCGUACAGAUCUAUUUGGCGAAUCAAAGAAGAGUUACAGCCGCGAUCUCUUUCUUUUUCUCUACUUUCUUCUUAUUCUUGUGGCAGCGAUGACUUCAUUUAAAGUUCACCAAGACAAGUCAACAUUCUCAGGAAAAUCCAUAUUGUAUUUGAAUAGGCAUCAGACUGAGGAAUGGAAAGGAUGGAUGCAGGUUUUGUUCUUAAUGUAUCAUUACUUCAAUGCGAAGGAAAUUUACAAUGCAAUUCGAAUUUUCAUUGCUGCAUAUGUAUGGAUGACUGGGUUUGGAAAUUUCUCUUACUAUUAUGUACGAAAGGAUUUUAGCCUUGCUCGAUUUGCUCAGAUGAUGUGGCGCCUUAAUUUUUUUGUGGCAUUUUGUUGCAUUGUCCUCAACAAUGACUAUACGUUGUACUAUAUCUGCCCCAUGCACACAUUGUUCACCCUUAUGGUCUAUGGUGCACUUGGAAUUCUAAACAAAUACAAUGAGAUUGGUGCCGUGAUUGCAAUAAAGUUUGCCACUUGCUUUUCUGUUGUUAUCUUGGUCUGGGAGAUCCCUGGGGUUUUUGAUAUUGUUUGGAGUCCGUUUACAUUUCUCCUUGGUUACAGUGAUCCAGAUCCUUCGAAGCCCAAAUUUCCUCGUUUGCAUGAAUGGCAUUUCCGGUCCGGACUUGAUCGAUAUAUAUGGAUUAUUGGAAUGAUAUAUGCUUACUAUCAUCCAACUGUAGAGAAGUGGAUGGAAAAGCUUGAAGAGGCUGAAACAAGGAAAAGAGUAUCAAUCAAGGCAUUUAUUGUGACAGUUACAUUAAUGAUUGGAUACUUAUGGUAUAAUUACAUCUACAAGCUCGACAAGAUUACCUACAAUAAGUAUCAUCCAUAUACUUCUUGGAUACCAAUAACUGUUUAUAUCACCUUGAGGAACUUCACCCAACCAUUUCGUAGCUAUUCUUUGACCCUUUUUGCGUGGCUCGGAAAGAUUACAUUGGAGACCUACAUAUCACAAAUUCAUAUCUGGCUCAGAUCAGGAGUUCCUAAUGGACAACCACGAUGGUUGCUGUCAUUUAUUCCUAACUAUCCAUUACUAAACUUCAUGCUCAUCACUGCAUUAUAUGUUGCAGUUUCACAUAGGCUUUUCGAGUUGACAAACACACUGAAGGUGGCAUUUCUGCCUAGCAGAGACAACAAGCGCCUCAGUUAUAAUGUCAUAACUGCUGUAGUGGUCUCAGUCAUCCUGUACACAAUGUCGUUAGUGCUUGUCAACGUUCCAAAAAUGCUGGUCUGAGGCGCCAAAGUGUAUAAAAUUAGGAGCUUACGGAAACAGAGCAGUUACUGCAGUUGCAAGUUUGCAAAAGCGUGAAGGUUUUCGCAAAUAUUAACGGCGGAGAAGAUGAAACAGACGUACUAUUAGCGUCUGCGUGGAGUACCAGAGGACAGGAAACAACAUAUUGCAUACGAAUGGAAGUGUAUCUCCACCUGGCAUGACAUUACAACCUAAAUAAUUAUCAUACGUAUAUUCAAUUUUUUACUCGUUUCAGCUAUCUUUACCACGUGCGUUAUGCUGUGCAUCUAUUGAUACAAUGUUUUACAAACCAUACAUGAUUGACCAGUUCAACUUAACCUAGGAAUUGCAGCGAA